AUGCAUAUGGACGAAGAUAGAAUCAAAUAUCCAUGUAUCAAAUGUCGUAACAUACCACAUCUAGAACCUGAUUCUGCAAAGUAUCGUUUGUACAAGUCAGGUUUUGUACCAAGUUAUUGGUUUUGGGAUAAACAUGGUGAAACAUCCAUUGAUGAAAAUACGUCUUUAGGGGUAGAUGAUUCAUACACAACGUUGAAUGAAAAGCAUGAAUAUAGUUACAGAGAAAUGGUAAUAAAUGCAAUGGCUCCAGAUUUUACGACUAGUAAUCCUGAGGAGGAGCCAAUUGCAAAAGAUAAAUUAUUUUUUAAUAUGCUAGAGGAUGGGUUACCGGAGGAGAAUAAUAUGGCAGGUAGUUUAUACGAGAGCAAAAAGCUAAUACAGUCACUAGGUUUGCCUGUGGAGCUGAUUGGCUGCUGCAGGUCUAGAUGUAUGAUAUAUUGGAUGGGAGACAACAAGAUUUAUCAGUGCAAAUUUUGCAAUGCAGACAGUGACUAUAUGCUUCACAAGCCACAACCGCUUCCAUGCGAUGACACGCUGAGGAUCAUAGACAUGAUGAUGAUAUUGUUGGGUUUUGAGCACCAUAACACUCCUAUGAACGAAAUCAAAGCUGAAGCUCGCCAUCAACCUAAGCACGCGCUUCCGCCUUCUCCUCCAACCCAUCUCUCCUCUCCACCACCGUCGCUGACCUACGCGCCGCCCGUCAAGGAGACCCAUCUGAUCCCACUCCUUCUUGGUUCACUCCCAAAAGGUACAUUCUUCAUGUGUCUUCUCUCACAAAACAUUGUUUCUUCUUUUUGUCUUCAGUUUGACGUCCCUGCAACUUCAAGGCUUCAAUCAGGCCUUUAUGGAGAUCUGGUUCGUUAUCUUUAUGAUGAACCCAUUAUCCUUAUCCCAGAGUGUGAUGGAGCUAGGAUAUUGUUUAACUUAAACAUGGAGUUUCUUCAACGGGUCCUAGCUUCUACUGAAUCUAUCUUCAAGAUUGGGAGCACAGAACCAACAGAUUUAUUGUAUGAUGCUUUGGAUCAUUUUGACAGGAGGAAGGAAAAGACUGAUGAAAAUUUGAGGCUGAUAAAAACAUCGUUGCCUAAGGCUGUUAGAGUCUUUAGAUGCUUCAAGACAUGA